CCCCGCGGUCUUCCCACCGGAGCGCUCUGCUCCGCGGCGGCGGCGGCUUGUAGCCCAGUGUUGCGUCCGCGCCCGCGCCCGCGCCCGCCCGGAGCCCCACGGAGGCACACGGUCCGGCCGGCGGGAGGAUGGUCAUCCGCGUGUUCAUCGCCUCCUCCUCGGGUUUCGUGGCGAUAAAGAAGAAGCAGCAGGAUGUAGUUCGAUUUCUGGAAGCCAACAAGAUCGAGUUUGAGGAGGUGGAUAUCACCAUGUCAGAGGAACAGAGGCAGUGGAUGUACAAGAACAUCCCCCCGGAAAAGAAGCCCGCUCAGGGCAACCCUCUGCCGCCUCAGAUAUUUAAUGGUGACCGAUACUGUGGCGAUUAUGACAGUUUUUUUGAAUCAAAGGAAAGCAACACAGUCUUUUCAUUCUUAGGCCUAAAAUCACGGUUGGCAUCAACGGCAGAACCGUAGAGAAGACAAGUGGAGGAUGACGGAGAUGCAUUUGGGAGCACCCUCUGGUACUCAGCACACACCUGCUUACCUACUGCAUCCCUGUGACAGAAGCCACAUGCAUCACCAGUAACUUUGCUUGCCAUGGAAAAGGUGUUUCUGGAAGAUGUGGGAGUAAUGGGAUUGCAUGAUUGCUUUAAACCAAAUAAGACUGUGGUGGGUUUUUCCUUAUUUUCAGAAUUGCCUGCAAUUGCCUCACUCCUCUGGAGGUGCUGUUAACCUGAGACAGCUGUGCUUCCUUCAUGACGGAAAGAUAAGUGGGUAGCACCAUCAGAGAGAAAAUGUUGGAUCUGCCCUGGGUUGUAAUUGAUACCGGUAUUGCUCAGACCUGCUUCUCUUUAAGCUGCCUGGAUUGUAUCCUUGAGAUUAGUCUGUCAGGCUAUUAGAAUCGUUUGAUCAGAAAGGAAAAAAACAAUGCUGGUUGACAAAGGGCUGAAGAUUUUUGCUGCAGAAUCACAAAAGUCACUAUGCUUUGUAAUAACACCUGUAGAAAAAGUUAGAUGUUCUAGCCUCCUUUUGGUAGUGGAGACUCUUAUCUCCAUAAAUCCUCCAAGCUCCUACAGAUGGUUUCCAGAAAUCUCUGUUGCAAAAACAUGUGAUCAGACCUAAGUUACAGGAAUGAAAAUAAUUGCUAUUUUGGAAAAUAUAUACUUUAUUUCUUGCAAGGGGCAAGUUUCACCUAAAUGCAUAAGACUGCUUAAAAGUUACAUUUUAAGAGGUGCACUAAUUAGUAAAUUUAUAGGAAAAUUAUCUGACUCAUAUCUGAAGGCAUUUGCAGCUUUAGCAACUUAUUUAUGUGUGAGUGCACAUGUGUGUUUAAACGCAGCUCCCCUAACAGCUGCUUAUUCUAUUUUGUGAAGGGAUUAUAUUUUUUUGAGAAAGGAAGAUCUUAGAUAUAUUUUAUGAACCCUUGAUGAGGCAUAUUAAAACAUACUGAUAUUGCUGUACAAUUUAAUUUUUUUCCUGUGUUACUCUUCAUUGGUCCUCUAACUUUACUAACUCAUACUUCUGGCCAGUGCACAGUCCCAGGUUUUUCAGAAUAAUGUAGAUAGUGUUCUCAUUCCAUAUAUGAGCACCAGUAAGUUUUCAGAGCAGCAUAUACAAGAAGGGGGCCAGCAGAGAGUAACUCCGAAUUUUACUUGGCAUGCAAAAUCUCUGCUCCCUUUGGAGUGGACACUGAUGAACCCUGAACAUGUCUGCUUCAUUAGGGUAGAGGCUGCUUUUCUGCAUCCUUGUUCCUGCUUACAUUUUUUUAGAGAUUUUAGUUGCCAAACAUGGGAACAGUCUUGAAUAGGAUAAACUCGCAGAGGGCUGCUUAAAAUAUUCUGCUGUUCUCAGCAUCCUGAUGCUGGAUCUGCUGUUUAGAUUCUGAGCUGGAAGUUUGUAAGAAAUUUAAAGAACAAAAGAAUUAAAGCCCUGUCACAUGUGUUCUCUCACCCUCCCACUUGCUAACUGUGGACUAUUCUAAAGAACUGUUGAAUGCUAAAGCUGAAAUCCCAGCCCGAGACUUACAGCCCAGGACCACAACCAGAAGAGAAACAUGCCACACAAUUCUCCUUGACUGGAACAGAUGCAAAAUCCACAAUUUUCUCUCAAAGGAAAGCUGUUGUGAAAUCAUGGAUAUUACUGCUUAGUUGGCAUUAAAUAAGAUCCAGGUCAAAUUCCAUUUGAUGAAUCCCAGGGACUAUCCAGGAAAUUUUUUUUUGAACUGGAUAUUGUGUUUGAGUAUCUGAGUCAUCUGAUAAGACUUAGAAUUUCUGUUUACGAUACAGCAAUUAAAAAAAAUUUUAAUGUUACCAUGAUCUAACUUACAUUUAGUCUACUUUUGCCGAUGAGCACCAAGCACUAAGUUGGUAAGAUAUAGGCUCUUCAAGUUAAAUUGCAGGGUUGUAGGAUCAACACAAUUACUUGCUAGACAAAGAAAGCUACUCACAUUUGUUUGUCUUAAAACUUUUGAAUUACUGUGGUUAUAGCAGGCCCAGUAGGGCUCUCCUAAACAGACCAGAUGGAUAGUAGUGCUAACUUACUACCGCAGUCACACAUCAUCUACCCCUGCCCCCCUUUUUCUUUAAUCUGCAAAGAAAUAGAGAGCAGCCUGGCUGGUCCCAUACUGGUUGUGAGUGAGCUGGAAGCACACCUGUGGCGUUCACUGCGGCACCCAGGCCCUGCAGAUCCUGCGGUGUUGCCCUCCGGGACCACACUGUUCAGAGAACAUUACUGUGUCCUUGUACUGUUUUACCGACGGAAUUCCAAACAUGUAAUGAUUUUAUUCCUUUCCUUAAUUAGCUGCCUUUAGAUUUGGAUAAUCACAGUCUUAAAGCCUAGGAAAGAAGUGGACAUAGAUGUAAUAACAAGGGCAUUUCAAGACAGGAUUUUUAUUUCCUGUAGUAGGCUUGUUGAGGCAAAGGAAAUGUGCUGCUAAAAAUCAAAUUAUGCCAUUUUACAAUUAGAUAAAAUACAGAUUACCAUCCUGCUAGGUAUAUGCAGACCAGAAGAAAAUUUAGUUGGGGAUAUACUUGUUUUUCCAAAUUUUGGUGUUCUAUUAAAGUCAAACAGGAGAAAAGGAAGAUUUUUUUUUCUCUCAGACUGUAAUAUAGUUUAGAUUUGUUUCUGUUUUACAGAUUUAUUCAACACUCCCACAUAGAUGUUUUUAUAUUACAUGAAUUUAAUAGUGAACUAAACUUAUUUUUGUCCUCUAUUAUUGAAAGGUACCAAAGCCUCCUUCUGUUUUGUUUUAAUUUGGUUUUGCUGUAUAGAGUUUUGCUUUUCCUAGAAAUGUUUUUCAUUUAACAGCUUAAUUGUCAGGGCCCACUUUAAACUGCAUAAUUGUUUUUAGAUUUCAAUUUGUAUGCAUUUGUCUCUAAAGGCACUGGUGAAAUCUCAGAUUUUAUAUUCAGCAUUAAAGAGAAACAAAUUCCAGAAAACACGUUCUGAAAAUGGA